AUUCAGCACCAGUGUGCCUCCGACUGCAUCCUCGCAGCUCAGAUUCCGUUGCAGAAGAUAGGCUGUAACAGCAAGCAAGGAGGGAAGACGAGGGAAGCACGCGAGCAGACACACAUCGAGAGAAUCCAAAGGGUCCCAGACCUUGCUUGGUUCGUAGAACUGCAAGAGAAGGAAAGCUCAGAGAAGAUUGUGGAGUUGCUCCAAAAGCGAGAGAGCGAGGAGAACUAGUCUGAGCGAGAGAGAGACAGAGAGAGAACGGGUCCCUCGAGAUAAAUUCUGAGGCCUGGCGGGUUUUACUGGACGUGGCUGGUCUCGUACGGGCAGUAUAGAGGUCACUCGAGUUGAUGGUAUAUAUGAACCAUAAAUUGUCUUGUCGAGGGAGGGAAGGGAAAGGGACGAGAGGGCAGGAGAGUAGAGCUGAGCUCUAGAUCUGGCUGCUGCGGGGGAGAGAUUGCAGCAGCAGCUGCAGCAACAGCUGUGUCAGGGAGCGCUAUUGCUUUCUCAGGCUGUACAGAAUUCCAAGUGAGUGAGCAACACUGGCUGUCGGGUUCUGGUUGGCAUCAUUGGCUCGGGCCUAGACUGCAACACAACCAUUCACGACAGACAGAUUUGUGGGUGGCGUUCAGACUCCGAGAGAGGGAGAGAGAGAGAGAGCGAGACUGGCACAGACUAUCCCCCAUUGCUGCCUGCUCCUCCUCGUCUCUCUCUGCGAGUCGAUCAUCAUCAUCAUCAUCACCACCUCCUCCUCCUCUUCUUCCUCCUCUUCCUCCUCUCGCACUCGAGUAGCCGUGUGUGUGUCUGAGUGUGUGUCUGUGUACAUGGCCCUUGCUCUCUCGACCUUUCUUUGAUUAUCGCUCUAUCCCAUUCGUCUACCGAGGUCCGAAUCUCGCGCCACUCCACCCAAAGCUCAAAGGCCUUGUACAUUCGCACUUCUCACACCGUCAGGCUGCUCUUGCCAUCUCUCCCAUUGUACAUACACCUCAACAGAAAAGUCGCCACGAAAAUCGGCUGUGGACGACACUCUCCUCUCCUCUCCUCUCCGCCAUCUCCCUCUCUAUUUCUUCUCACAGGUCCGAAUCCCAGGUCUCGUUGGCUGAUACGUGGAUUCCCAAGUACAGCUGCACAGAGUUCCAAGUGUACAGAGAGAUCUCACAGAGCUCAAAUCCAUCAUCAUCACUUCGAUGAAGAAUUCUUCUUCUUCUUCUUCUUCUUCUUAUUUUCACCUCGGCAGAGACUCUGGGACUUUGCAGAUUCAGUGUAGCUGCUCUGAGUGACGCGUAGAAAUUGUUUCGAGCUCCAGACGCUCGCUCGCGGAAAUCGCAUCCACAGCGGAACACAUACUCCAGGGCGUCAUUCCAUUUCAUUUCGUUUUCGGUUCCUAGCGCAUCGCCCACAGAAUUGCGCGUAGAGCGUAGAGUGAUCGGAACGCAACAGCAGCAGCAGCAGCAGCAGCAGCAGGCCGGCAGAUUCAGAGGUUCAGAGAUUCAGAUUUCAGAGAUUGAUAGAUUGAUAGAGAGAUCGAUAGACAGAGAUGGAGAAAAAGAUGAGGAUGGGACUGGAGCGCGCGAGCCUGCUGCGGAUGGUGCUGAUCCUGGCGCUGGGCGGGGCGCUGGUGCAGCGGGCGCCGCGGCGGUGCCAGGGCGAGGCGGCGGCGCCGUUGAGAGGCGCGGGCGAGCUCGUGUACACGGAGUCGGCGGAGAAUGUGAUGCUGAGCAACGGGCGGCUGGAGGUGCGGGUCGGGAAGCCCGGCGUGCGCGGGGGCAGCAUCCAGAGCCUGGUGUACAAGCGCGGGGGGGCGCAGGGGGACGUGGAGCUGCUGGACAUGGAGCAGCGCUGCGGCGCGCGCGGCUACUGGGACAUGCACUGGGAGUACGGGUCCUACAUCACCGGCACGGACUACAACGGCAAGUGCCGCUUCGGGGACAACGACGGCGCGGCCUGGACGACGGCGGAUGGCGCCGGGGGCGGCGACCAGCUGCUGGGCGUGACCUUCCGGCAGGAGCCGUCGAGCGCCGGGCAGGCGCGCCGGCACCGCGUGCCGGUGAGCACGCAGGUGCACUACGCGGUGCGGCGCGGGCUGCCGGGCGUCUACUGCACGCUGCUGGUGGACCACGCGGCCGGGCAGCCGCUGAUGCAGCUGACGGAGCUGCGCCUGGUGCUCAAGCUCGACCCGGAGCAAUUCGACUACUCUUACGUGGCCGACGACCGCCAGCGCUUCAUGCCAACUCGGCUCGACAUCAGCAAGCACCGCAGCGCCGCGCUGGCCUUCAAGGAGGCGCGCAUGCUCACGCGCCCGCAGAACAAGUCGCUGCUCUUCGAGGUCGACCACAAGUACCAGUACUCGGUCGAGGCGCGCGACGGCAUCCUGCACGGCUGGAUCAGCAGCAAGGCCAACAUCGGCGUCUGGAUCAUCUCGCCGCACAAAUGGGAGUACCUGGCCGGCGGCCCCAACAAGCAGGAGCUCACGGUGCAGACGGGGCCCAAUCUGCUGGCCAUGCUGCACUCGUGCCACUACGGCACGCCCGCCAUUCCGCUCGAGGGCUCGGAGCAGUGGGCCAAGGCCUUCGGGCCCUUCCUGCUCUACGUGAACCACGCGCGCGACAUCAAGAGCCUCAUCGACGACGCCAAGGCGCGCGCCGCCCUCGAGACCGCCUCCUGGCCUUACCCCUGGGUCCCCUUCCCCGAGUACCGCAAGCCCGAGCAGCGCGGCACCGUCACCGGCCGCGUCGUCAAGCUCGGCCGCUACCAGCACGGUCCAGCGACGUGGGUGGGGCUGACGGACGCGCUGUCGCCGAUCAGCAACUGGGAGGACGAGGUGAAGGGGCACCAGUUCUGGAACGUGACGAACGCCGAGGGCGAGUUCACGCUGUACAACGUGAACCCGGGCACGUACCUGCUGCAGUCGCUGGUCGAGGGCUUUCUGGUGGACUCGUCCGUGCUGCAGACGGUGACGGUCAAGGCGGGCUGGGUGUCGAGCGUGGGCGAGAUCGUCCUGCGCCCCAAGCAGAAGGGCCCGACGGUGUGGGAGAUCGGCCAGCCCGAUCGCUCGGCCGCCGAGUUUCUCAUCCCCGACCUCGACAAAUCGCGCGACUCCAGCGACGCGUCGUCCACCGGCGGCAGCGGUAGCGGUAGCGGCGCGCUCAAGGACGGGUUCCGGCACUACGGCGUGUGGGACAAGUUCGUGGAGCUGUACCCGAUGGCGGACCCGGUGUUCGUCGUGGGCCAGAGCGACUACGCCAAGGACUGGUUCUUCGCGCACGUCAACCGGCCCAACCGGACGACGACGCAGCGCGAGAUCCGGUUCCGGCUGGACGCGGUGGUGCCGGGCGACUACACGCUGCGCCUGGCCAUCGCCGGCGCGCACCAGGCCGCGCUGGAGAUCCGGCUCAACAACCCGUCGGGCUCGCCGCUGCACGACACGGGCGCCUUCGGGCGCGACAACGCGCUGGCGCGCGCCGGCAUCCACGGCCACUACCACGAGUUCAGCAUCAGCCUCUCGCACAUGAACUUCCGCGCCGGCCUCAACUCGCUCUUCCUGCGCCAGCGCAAGAACCAGAACAAGUUCAGCUACGUCAUGUACGACUACCUGCGCCUCGAGGCGCCGCUCGUCUCGCCCGGCAGCCUGCUCGCCAGCUCCCGAUGAUGAUCCCAUCCGCUCCCGCUGUACAGACAGGCUCGUCGAUUGCUUCUUCCUCCUCUCGAUUCUUACUCGAUACAGUAUAAUCAAUGGCCUGGCUCUCGCUCGAGACUGCCCAAUUCAUUCGACGUACGGGAAUAAACGGGACGCGAAGGCGACGGUCGGUCCCACUAAAGCAUCUGUCUCCCCCACACACAGACACCGCAAUCAGGUGUCCAAUAAGUUUCCCUGACAGUCGCGCGCUGCCAUAAGAGAGUUACAUAAGAGUUCUCGUGUAAAUUACUGCUCGCUAGAAUACGGCUAUACUCGAUGAUACGGAUGAGGCUCCAGAAUCAGCCAACGCUGCUGGGGUCCGAGAAUUAGAGAACUGUUUAUACGUUGCUUCAUUGUUUUGUUUACAUUAAUCGAUACUGGGUCACCUCCGCACGGUCGCUACUCUUGACCGCUGUACAUAGGCUCGAUGUGCAUUGCGCUCCUGUUCCUGUUCCUGUUUGCAACUCUUCGAAUGCUUGAAUGACGCCAUGCAGUGCGCGCAUGCAUGCACCGCGGCUGGCGAUGUGCUUCCGCGUAAUACAUCAGACCCUCGAAUAGGCCAAAGAAUCUCCAGAUGAGUAUCAUAUCCCUGACAGAAAGUGAUCUCAUUACUGUAUUCAUAUCCGAGCCCUAAUUGAUGAUGCGGACAGCCUCCUCUCCCACUUUGCCUUCUCCUUAGUGCGGGAGACAUGUCAGUCUGCCAAAUCUGGAUGGCCAGCACUUGCUUCACACUCCACUCUUAGGCCCGAUCCCGUCAGUUACUCGUUUAUUCGUCGGACACAUUCUCGACGGGCUCGACAUCGUUAUGUCAGAACGCAGUGGUGCCAUCGCCCCUUGCCCCUUGCCCCUUGCGCCGAGGUAGAGUGCAGGACAGCUCAGUGAGGGAAGGAGAGAAUCACCACGCGAGUUCAGCGGAGGACCGCGGACGAGGGAGGGCACCAGCAGAUCGUCGCCCAGGCAUCGCAAGCCGGAGCAUCCGGAGACAAAUGCAAACAACUCGU